UGGAUGGGCUGUUGUGCCUGGGUCUAUUCAGUGCAUUGGACUACCUCCAACGUUGGCAUAAAAUCACCAACGGCAGAGGAGACUACACCGUCCGAUCCAGAGGAUAAUGAUGGGGAGCAAUGACUCAAAAGGUCUCCUGAUUACCUAGAAGGGUCUGUUGGGUAUGUCUGCAGCGAGGGACAUGUUGCGCUCAUCCUAAAUGCUCUCGUGCCCUGCGUCUCUAUUGACUGGCCAAUAUGUUGAGUCGACUGAUGAGUGGCAGCGGUAGUCUUGACAGGGAAUUCAACUGUACGGUGCGACUGCUGGACGACUCGGAAUACGCUUGCACGGUUCAGAGGGAUGCAAAGGGUCAGUGGCUUUUCGAGCAGGUCUGUCAGCAUCUAAACUUGCUGGAGAAAGAUUACUUUGGCAUCAGAUUUGUGGAUCCAGACAAGCAACGGCAUUGGCUGGAGUUUAGCAAACCAAUUACCAAACAAAUGAAAUCUCUGCCACCAUACACCAUGUGUCUGCGUGUGAAGUUUUAUCCUCCAGACCCUGCGGCUCUGAAAGAAGAAAUCACAAGAUACCUGGUCUUCCUACAGAUUAAAAGAGAUUUGUAUCAUGGCCGACUUCUGUGCAAGAGCUCAGAUGCCGCUACACUGGCUGCAUAUAUUCUCCAGGCUGAGAUUGGAGACUAUGACCCAGGAAAGCAUCCAGAAGGUUACAGCUCUAAGUUUCAGUUUUUCCCCAAGCAUUCGGAGCGCCUGGAGCGCCGCAUUGCUGAAAUCCACAAAAGUGAACUGAUAGGUCAAAGCCCUGACGCUUCCGAGCUGAAUUUUUUAAGGAAAGCUCAGACUCUAGAAACAUAUGGGGUGGAUCCACACCCCUGCAAGGAUGUGUCUGGAAAUCCAGCCUUUUUGGCCUUUACUCCAUUUGGCUUUGUAGUACUGCAGGGUAACAGGAGGAUUCAUUUCCUAAAAUGGCACGAGGUGACCAAACUCAAGUUUGAAGGAAAGACAUUUCAUAUAUAUGCAACUCACCAAGAGGAUCAGAAGAUCAUCUUGACUUACUUUGCUCCAACACACGAGGCCUGCAAGCAUCUGUGGAAGUGUGGUGUAGAAAACCAGGCUUUCUAUCAGUUUGAGAAAUCAAGUCAAGUUCGCACUGUGUCUAGUAGUAAUCUAUUCUUUAAGGGUAGCCGUUUUAGAUAUAGUGGGAAAGUGGCGAAGGAGGUGAUGGAGCAAAGCGCAAAAAUCAGAAGAGAGCCUCCAGAGAUCCACAGGGCUGGGAUGGUCCCGAGCAGGAGUUGUCCCUCUAUCACACAUGGUCCACGACAGAGUACCAUUCCUCAAGCGCGUAGGAGAGCAGUCCAUAUUUCCAUCAUGGAGGGUUUGGAGUCGUUGCGUGACAGUGGCCAUUCCACACCAGUGCGAUCCGUCUCCAGUGGCAGCUCAUUUCUCCAGUCUCAUGGCAGUGGAGCAGAGGGAGGGUAUGGAACAGCAGAGUUUUCCGAGGACUCUUACAGUCCCUCUGACAGCAUGCUUUCAACGCCGGUCUCCAAUGACCACUCCUCAGACCAGGCUCAGGUUCGCCACACCAAUGGCCCCCAUAACAUCCAAGAGGACCGUGGAACAGAACUGAGCGCUUCAGACCAGGCAAGGCCACUUGGCCAAAAGGCGAAAGGUUCAUGUCCUGGGAAGACACGGUCAACCCAACGCAGCCCAGAGGAAGAGCGGGUAAAUGAGUUCAUCUGCAGUUUGGCGCGUCUUUUCUUAGUGACCGUGGUUCUGCUGUUUGCCCUCCUCCUUCUUCUUAUUGUGCUUACAGAGUCUGAGUUGGACUUGGCUUUUCUUAGGGACAUCCGGAGGACUCCCGAAUUUCAGCAGUUCCACUAUGAAUACUUCUGUCCCCUUAGGCGCUGGCUGGCUUGCAAGUUGCGCUGGAUGGGUGGACAUCUCAUUAAUAAAUGACUUUCGUUUUUUUUGAGUAGCCACGCCUCUGCAUCUUCUGAUAGGCAUCAUUGGUAGUAGUAAAGCAGCGGGAUGUUCUAAGUAUUUAUGUCAUGGUAUUCUGAAAUCUACAUAGCCAAACACUUAUCUACAUAGCCAAAGCUGUGGACUCCCUAAUAUCAUGCCAAGAUGACAACUGUGUGUGUUUCAGCUCUAGUUAUUGUGAAAUUGUUCGGUUUUUCAACAGCACGAUUUUGUGGUUGGGUAAAAUAUGGUACAUGUAGCUCUAUAAAUGCUGCUGUCACUCAUACAUUUUAUAUAUUUUAAUACACUUACUGCAAAGGUUGGUCCCCUAGACUGUGAUGAAUGAGACCUAACACUGCAAUCAUAGAUGCCUUCAUUGAUCAGACUUGUUCAAUAUAGACUGAGAUUGUCAUUGAAAUUGUGGCUGGAAGUUGAAAGGGGAAGUUUUUAGAUGAGGUCAUUUGUAAGUAUGAAAUGUUGGUACUGGUGAGAAUUUGAUCAAAGUUAUUUAUAGGGUUAUCUGGUGUGCUGAUGAAGAUCAAUGUGUGUAGGUACAGGGGCUAAAACACUGAGGUACGGGUCAUCAUAAAUAAAAAAAUAAUAAAAAAAAUGAACUCAGAUUAAUAAAGUUUUAAAAUUUAUAUUUCUGUCUUAAACAAAUGACCACUGAUACACAGUGCAAAUCAUGCCCUUGAGAAUGUCUAUGGUGCUGAGAAUGAUAUAGAAAGUGAAAUGGAUGGACACUGUUAUGUGAAAGGUUUGGAAAGUCUGAAUUAACCAUAAUCAGAUUUUUAUGUCAUUAUUUUCAACCAUGCUUUAUUAAUUUGUAGAGUUCCACAUUACACUAAAACAUUUAAAAACAACUGAAACAAUACAAAAGUAAAAUCUUUUGUAGAUUAUUAAAUUGUUGAAUCUUGACACAAUACACACAAUUUAAUGCACUGAAAAAAUUAUUCAUUCAAUUUACUAAUUUUUUUAAGGUAAGUGGUUUAAACAAAACAAAUUAGCAAAACAAAACAAAAAACUUUUGUAUAAAUGCUUAAAUAAAUUGAUUGCAACCACUUACCUUAAAAAAUUUAGUAAAUUGAAUUAAUCAUUUUUAUCAGUGUGGUUAACUUUGGACGUAAAGGUCAUCUGUGAAGUAGCUACUGUAUAUACACUUAAAUGACAUUCAAUAAAAUGUCAUUGUAAAUUUUAACUCAUCAUCAGCCUCAAAUUGUCAGAUUUAUAGCAGCUGCUGAUUCAAAUAUGGUGGGUUCAUAAACCUAAAAUCAGAAGGUGUGUAAAAUGACACGUUAUACAGUACUGUUGUGUGUAGCAUGGUUUUGUUUAGAAAAUAUAGCCUAUAGUUUAACUAGAAAAAUAUGCAACAGUGCCAGUGAUGGCUCUGGAACUGAAAUGAUGAUGUGUUUUUAAUGAUUAGAAAGAAUACACAUGAAGCAAUACACAUGACAUUGACAAGCCAGCAGAACAUGGCUGAGAACUAAGAAGCAAUGUUUGAAUUAAAAAAAACAAAAAGCUACAAACAUUUUUAUAAAUCAGCAGUGCUCCCAAAUACUGUGACUGAAAUUUCAAACAGUAACAUUUACUCAAAGCAAUAGUAGAUUGAAUCAAAUUAAUAUGGAAGUCAAUCUGAAAUAGUUAAUCUAUUACACUGUUGUACAAUGAACACUAAGCUGUCGCUGAGAUCAAUAUUUGAUUCCAGUAAUCUUCCUUUAUCAUUGUAUAGCAUCACAGUAUUACUUUUCUGUAAAUUUCAUGACAUAUAUUUUCAAUAUGUUUAAUACCAUGAAUGAGUUUCCCUUGUAUCAACAAGACAUUAAAGCAGUUUAUUUUUAUGUUUUUUUUUUUCAAAAAAAUGGAAUAAAAUGAACUUCCUACAAUUCGUUAUA